GAGCGCGAACAGAACUGUCUGCAUUGAGUACAUGUCGUCAGUCGGCAAGAUGCGCAUUCUCAAGGCGGUGAGCGGCUCACAGAAACAUGGAUCCGUUGAGAUCCAGCAGGAUGGUGGACGACGACGACCUGUGCGGAUGGCGACAAUGAUGCUGAAUGCCUCUACUGUCUUGAUUUUCAUCAUCUUUGCAGCAGUGGCUUAUUUCACAGACUUACCAACAGUUUGCGGGAGCGGCCACACAGCGACACUUCCGGUGUACAGCUCAGAGCGGCGCAUCGUGCCACACUCGUCUUGGAGCCUGCGGCAACAGACCCACACUAUCCAGUUGGGCCAUCCGACGCCGUACGUGGUGGUGAAGCACACAGCGGGACCGGAGUGUUUCGGCCUGAACAACUGCACUUCCGUACUGCGAGCCAUACAGGAGCUGCACUGGCAGAUGUAUGAUCAACCAGAGAUCUCCUACAACUUCUUGAUCGACAGUGAUGGCAAUAUCUAUGAAGGCCGAGGGUGGAACAGCACAAACCCCAGUAAGGAUAUUGGGCUGCGCUGCAAUGUUGAUGUGGCGCUCAUCGGCAACUACGUCGAGCGCAACAUGACUAAGGGGAUGUCAUCAGCACUGCGCUGGUUGCUGGAGAAGGGUGUGAGCAUGGGUAUGCUGGCGCCCGACUACCGCCUGCUGGCACACAACCAGGUGAAGAACACGCUCAGCCCAGGGCGCUGGGCCCUCCUGGAGAUCGCAGACUGGCCACACCGCUGCCUAGAGCACUGUGACCAGGGCGUCGUCUGCACCCAUCCUGCUGACAGCGACGACAGCUCCGGCCACUAGAUCUGUUUGGUCAAGAAUCCUACCAUUUAAUCAUAAAAUAUCUUUAUGAGUGAAUAAAUGCAAACUUUCGUGAUAAA